AUGAAAGAAAAUUUGGAGAGGAACGCGUGCUGGUUCAACUGGUAUUCCGCCGACCCCGACUGCAACCCGUACGUGCUGAUACACCGGAGGCUGCGCGGGCUGCUGGACCGCAUGGCUUGGCGGCCCCGCUUUUGGAACUGCGACGCGGAGGUGGCCCGGGAGGACGAGCCGCCACUGGUGUUCGCCCACUUGAGGCGGCCCACCCGCUUCAAGCAUUCCCUCGGCGAGACGAGCAACUUCACCUGGCUUCGGGAUCCCGCCCUCUCAGUGGCCCGCGCGGCCUGA